CGCAGUGUGGAGUGAACAUCCCCGCCUCUGCCAGCACCACCGCGGAUGACGUGCAACAACAAAGAUGGCAGGAGGAAGCAGCAACUAUUGGGAAGACCUUCGGAAGCAGGCAAGGCAGUUGGAGAAUGAGCUGGACCUGAAGCUGGUGUCCUUCAGUAAACUUUGCACCAGUUACAACAGCUCACGAGACGGCCGCAGAGGAGACAGUUGUGAUACAACACCUCUCCUCUGCAACUCCACUCAGGACCGAAUGUUUGAGACCAUGUCAGUGGAGAUCGAGCAGCUACUUGCAAAACUUACUGGGGUGAAUGACAAGAUGGCUGAGUAUACGAGCACACCAGGAGUAACGUCUCUUAAUGCUGCUCUAAUGCACACUCUCCAGAGGCACAGAGAUAUCCUGCAGGACUACACACAUGAAUUUCAUAAAACCAAAUUAAACUUCAUGGCAAUCAGGGAGCGUGAAGAUCUGUUGGGAUCUGUCAGAAAAGACAUUGAGACAUAUAAGAGUGGAUCGGGGGUGAAUAACAGACGGACAGAGCUUUUCCUGAAAGAACAUGACCACCUGAGAAACUCAGAUCGACUUAUCGAUGACACCAUAAGCAUCGCCAUGGCAACCAAGGAGAACAUGACUUCCCAGCGAGGUAUGUUGAAGUCUAUACAGAGCAGGGUCAACACCCUGGCCAACCGUUUCCCUGCCAUCAAUAACCUAAUACAGCGAGUCAAUUUGAGGAAAAGGCGGGACUCAUUAAUUCUGGGAGCAGUCAUCGGCAUUUGCACCAUCCUUGUGCUGUUAUAUGCGUUCCACUGAUGGACAUGGGAGCUAACCAACUUCUUUUGGUGGGGUGUUCUGCAGAACUGUGGCAAAGCCUUGAGAAAGGGCUCAAUGGGAGGUGGACUAUUGGGGCCGCGAAGCAGAUGCCCACUUGGCCUAGUCUGGUAACAGGAUUGAUUGUGGCCAGCAUGGACCUUCAUAUGUAUUUAGCAACGGGAGGGGUUUAGCUCAAACAGCCUGUUUUUGUUUCUGUAUUACAAAAUGUAAAUGUGCAGUUCAAAUGUGAACUGGGACUGGAGACCAAAUUACAGGAGUAGAUUUCAAAGAGCAUAUUAAAACACAAUGGCUUUGAGAAAGCGUGAACCUGACAUUGUGCUGUUCCUGUAUGUUAUUAUUAAUCAGAAGAGAGUUUUAAUUUCAAGGUCCUUUUAGCGAAAGGGUUUCUCAUCAUGCUGUGUACUUUGUGAAUUAAUAAAUUAUUCAUAUACGGGAUAUUAAAAAUGCGUGUCAAACACUAGAGGCCUGUCCUCUAAAGCUUCAAUUUUUUUGAUAUUUCUACACUAGUGUUUUGGAGUCUUAAAAUAAAAUGGAAUUUUAGCUCAUGAUACUUCUAACAAUUCUAUUUCAAGGUGCUGUUUAUACUUUGGCUCAAAUAUGUAAAUGCCCAACACCAUUUCCAGUCAUGUCUUACCUUCAAUUCGUCUGUGUAUCAGCUUUUAGUCCUCACAUAUGUAAGUCUCAACUAACUUGCAUCCAUACAGCUUCUCCUGAGCUUUAAACAUGAUGAUUAUACAAUUUGAAAUAAAUCAAUUCAGGAAAUUGAAAAACUUGCUCCGUGAUUGCAUGUAGAGAAAAGACCGGCACACUGUGCAGUUGGGUGUAGGAGAAAGCAGAGUGAAGACUUGAAGCUGUGUGGGGCUCAUAUUAGUCUUGGUAUCCUAUUGUCACCGCCUAUUUCUCCUUUCCUAUGAUGUCUCAUCCAUAAAAGUGGGCCACUCUGCUGAGGCAGCCAGCUGAGCAGCUACUCUACUUUGUACUAAUCCAUUUUUUGUUGUGUCUGUCACAACUGGAGCAGUCAAAGUGUUGCUGUACCGUAGUUCUUCAGGCAGGUGGAGUCUGUUUGCCUGAGGUUUUUCCAUAGAUGUAUAGAGACAGUGACAUGGAGACAUCAGUGUCACAACAACGAUAAUCCAAACAGAUACAUUAUUUUUUCUUUCAUUUUCCCCUAUUCUCUAUUGCUUAGGUUGCAUCAGUCUUUCACGUUUUAAAUCCAAUAUGUUGAUCGAGUGGCCUAAAAUUCAAUACUAAUGUUUAGGGACUAAGGGUCGAGUCAGGUGGGAAGAGUAUUGAAUUGCCCUCAAUGAUCAAAGGAAUGAUUGAAAGGAUGAUUGAUGUCUAUGCACCAUAGAAGAUGGUCCUUGCCACAUUCUUGGAUCAGGCUGAGACAUCCAGUCUUUUAGUGGUUUUAACUGCAAUUACACUGAAAUCAGUUUGUUUCCUGUGGUUCCAACAUGUCUGUACUGCCUUCAAACGCAAAAUACAGUAACUAUACCAACACUUGACUAAGAAUAAUGGCCUCUAUGACAAUGUGUUACACGGAGAGCUUUCACUGUUGCCCGCCAUCUCCGUGUUUAUAUCACCAUGUGAAUGGUGUUGUGUAGUUGUGGGCCCCCAGCAUCCAUGGGCCCUGGGGCUUAAAGGAGUAUUCAGGGUUUAAUUCAAGUUCAGCUCAAUUGACAGCAUUUGUGGAAUAAUGUCGAUUACCACAAAAAAUUUAAAUCAAGGUUACAGUGAGGCACUUACACUGGAAGUGAAUGGGGUUUAAAGACAGAAAUGUAAAGAUUACAAUUUUAUAAAAGCACUUACAUUAUUUUUAAAACUCAUGUAAUAUUUGAGCAUGUUUAAAUCAUAAUUUUUACUGUAAUUUUAGAGUUUGUUGACUACAUCAUCAUGGAAAUGAAGUUGUAAAAUUGGCUAUAAAUAUACACACAUAAAAGGUUGGUAAGCUAUUUAUUUUUAUUUUUAUUUUUUAAAUUUUAACAGUAAAAUCACGUCAACACACAUAUUGUUUAUGUCUUGUGAUUCUACUUUUGAAAUGGUGAGUAUUUUCACUUCCAUUGUAAGUACCUCACCGGAACCCAGAUAUUUGCUUUCUUUUUUUAAGAAAAUAAGGGUCAUGUCAAAAUAAAUUUUUGUGGUUAUCAACAUUAUGCCCCAAAUGCUCUUGAUUGAGCUGAACUUGUAUUGAACCCGGAAUAUUCCUUUAAGCCACGGCAAGCCCAUGCAUUAAUGUGGCUGUGUUAGUGUGGAUUUGUAGUUCAUCAAUAUUUGCACUUUAUUUUCUCUGAAUCUGAGUAAAGCUCAGCCAAACUGUUCUGUCAAAGGACAGCCCACAGUUUUUUUUUUUUUUUUUCUCAUUUCACAGCAAUAUAUAUGGAAGUAUUUUAGAUUUGAGUCAGGUGGCAGUUUGUUGAAAGGCACAUAUUAGUUUCAUCAUUAUCACGUAUUUGUGUUAGAGAAAUUGAAUCUGCACUAGAGAUAUUGAAAAAGGUUGUAGCCCACCCACAGAACUCCCCAGAAAGCUGUCCUCAGUCUCUUCAUCACCCCUGCUGAUUGUCUUGAAGAGCCCAUUCCACUCUUAUGAAACAUGUUCUUUGUUCAUUCCCAGCCGAAUCCAACAACCCAGAAAAAAAUCGGACCGUUCCUCCCCUCAAAUGUCCAGGCCAUUUUUUUAAUUUUACAUUUUUUUGCUCUUAUUUCGAACCCUUUUAAUUAUCUUAUGAUGACUUGAGUUACUUCAGCGUCUGUGAUAAUGUAUUUGAUCUGAGAUGAGAACAGUGACUUGACACAUUGCCUGCUUUCCGUAUUAGAAAAGCCGAACCAUAAUAGAACAACUCUUCUCUGAACCUGACACCUCCUAAAAUUUAUGCCACCUCUGCUUAAUUCCAUCAGUAACUCCAGACACAUUGUAACGUGUGCGUUGUGUAUGUAGGAUGAGGGGGGGUCAUAAAAUAAUUUGUUUCAUAGGCUGCUGGCCAAAACGUUAUAGAUGCUGAGCAGUCAGGGUGAGCCUGAAACUGGAGACUUCUAUAAAGAGCGCAAGCUUUCUCUGUUACUGUUGUGCUCUUCAAAAAGUCACUUAACUUUAAGUUAAUCCAGGGCAACUGUAGUAAGUAAUGUACAUUCAGUAAAUACUGGAAUGCAAUUUUAUGUUGCAAGUCAGUUUGUCCUUGUUAGUAUCUGUAUUGUACGUCUUAAAUUGUUAAUUUUGCAAAGAGCUUGUAUGUCUGGCCAUGGUAUAAAAAAAGAGACUUGCAAGACAGAUCACACUUGAUAACUUUUCCUGCUGUUAAAAGCAGAACAUAAAGUAGGACCCUUACCCUAAACUUAACCCUAUAAAACCUGACAUAAGAAAUAAUAGUCAGAAAAUCGAUUUUUUUUAUUUAUUUUUUUUUUUUAUGGAAUUCUUUUCAUUUGAUAUAUUUUUUAUCAUGUUUGAUAAAUCAGUCUUUAAAGGUCAGUAUCCUCAUGAGACACAAAAAUGCACUUUUGUUUAGAACUGUUUAGCUAUAUAAGUUUAUCUUAGAGCAUACAUGGCACAGUAGGAAAUCUUAGGGUAAGUUGAAGGAACAGUCCACCCAAAAUUGGAAAUUAUCUAAACAUUUUCCUCACCCUCAUGCCAUCCCAGAUGUGUAUGACUUUCUUUCUUCUGCAGAACACAAAGAUUUUAAGAAAAUCUUAGUUCUUUAAGUCCAUACAAUGCAAGUGAAGGGGUCCAAUACAUUGAGGCUCCAAAAAGCACAUAAAACAGCAUUAAUGUAAUCCAGUAGACUCCAGUGGUUUCAUUUGUGUCUUCUGAAGUGAUCUAAUCGUGUGUGUGUGUGUGUGUGUGUGUGUGUGUGUGUGUGUGUGUGUGUGUGUGUGUGUGUGUGUGAGAGAUAAUGAUUGUGAUAUAUACCUCAAAAGCCUGCUGUAUCAUAUUUUAUAUAUGCAUUUCAAUGUGACUUUUCUGUAAAAUAAUGUAAAAAAAAAAAUUCAACCAAGCACAAGUUGUUUCAUUUCUGCAAAUACUUAUUUUGAAAUAUCAGUAACGAUAUAAACGCUUUUGUUACUUUAUCAAAAUCAGCAAAGAUUUAUCUGCAAAAUGGCAGGUCUAUCACAAUAGAAGGCCUUUUUGGGAAUGAUAUUACAAGGUUUUUUUUACUUUCAGAAGAGCACAGAAACUUUCACCCAGGAGGCAGGCCUUGGUGGAAUUGAAGGUAGGAUGGAAAGGCGACCCAGUGUAUGUAAAAGCCUGUUGAGCUGGUUCAGUAUUAAGUCUUUAUUACACUGAUAAUACUUACUGCUUUCUAAUACUUGAUUCUGAUUGGGCAAUAACAACAUUCACCGGUGAAAUAUAUGUCUGAGUAAUGACCGUUUUCCUUGGCAUUUCAGUAUAACUGACUGCUCAUCCGAUUUCAGUUUUCCUGGACACUGCUAUUUCAUCUUUUCUCUAAUAAAGUAAUUUAUCUCAUUCACAUUUCCUGUCCCUUUAUUUAUGAAGCAGUGUAAUAAGUGGGGUAAUAUGCACUGUAAAAAAAUCUUGUUGUUUUUACAAAAAAUAUCUGGCAGCUGUGGUUGCCAGAAUAAUUAUGUAAAAAAUAAAGUUCAACCGUAAACCACUUUACAGAACAACCUGUACAUGUUACAGUUUAAAAUGGUUGUA